GUUUAACUUAAACGUGAACGGACACCUCCCUGUUUUCUUUUAUUUAGUACUGUGCCAUCAGGAAAUCGUCUGCCACAAAGACGAACACCGUUGACAGAACAUGUUCGGUGGAAAUCAAGACAAACACCCCUCGGAGGCCUACGGCCUAAAGCCCAACACAGGGGACAAGGACUGCCGCGGCGGAAACGAUCCACAAAAAGACAGAAAGGAUCGUGACAAAGAUGCCCCUCAGGGUGGAGACCGCCGAGGAGGGGACCGCGACAGAGACGCUCCUCAGGGUGGCGACCGCCGAGGAGGGGACCGCGACAAAGACGCUCCUCAGGGUGGAGACCGCCAUGGAAGGGAUCGCCAGGGAGGGGAUCCCGAGGGCAGCCAGAAGAGACGCAGCCCCGAUCGCAAAGAGGGCCGUGGACGUGAGCAUAGCCCUCGUCGUCAUGGAAGUGGUGGUCGUGACCACAGUGGCGACAGCGGCAGCGACAGUGAACAUCACAAACACGGUCACGGUCACGGUCAUGGUCAUGGACGUGGGGGUGGGGGUGGGCGUGGGCGCGGACGAGGAGGACACUGUUAGAAAGGUGAAUACAGGCAAUAGACACACUGACCCCCAUGCGUCCUGUGAAACUCUACCUGCCACUGUGCGAUGAAAAUGGAAAAUGCUACAUUUCUGCAUUGAUAUGAAAUAAAAACACUUUGAAGACAAACU